AUGCCUCCAUCUGCACAGGUGGCUACCAUCCAGGCCAUCCAGCGGCCAGGCAGGCCAGGCCCAAAGCCCUGGAUCCCAGAGGGUACCUCAUCCUGUCCAGAAUCUGGCUCAUCAGCAGGAGAACAAACAUCAGACUCGUUUAUUCAUCUCCCUCCAGGCGCUCAGCUCCCAAAUCCACCAGAGCAACAGCUCCCAUUCCCCCUCUUGGCCCUCUCAAAUCCUCCUGCGCCCCGGAGACUCUCCCGCUCACCUCCAAAACACCAAAAUACUCCAGGGACCUCGAAAUCACAGCAGAGUACGUCCCCAACGGGCGCUAAUGCUAAGCAACGUUCGCCACCAGCGCCUUCCUCAUGGGCCGUCCACUUUCGAGGGUUUGUAAAAGCCGUCAAAUGGUCAAAAUCUACUCCACAGAGCAAAAAUGUGGCACCCGACGACAAGGUCAAUGUUUCAGGGCAAUCUCAAGGUCGCACGCUUUCUCCUAUCAGCGGCGACCCAAAUGCGAGCAAUUCGAGAGCGUCGCGCAGUAAAACAACAAUCCCUCUAGGCACCAUAUUGGACAGACGGACGCAGUCCACGUCCAAUAUAUCGCCAAAUGCUGGCGGCGUGUUCCUCGUUCCUCAUAUAAGAACGCAACACGAACUUCGUCCCCCAACGCCCGGGUGGAUGCAUCCACUCCCCGUUAAUCCUUACGAGUUGUCCUCUGCCCGUACGAUCAUAGGACACGAAAGUGGGCGGUCCCGACAAUCCUUGGACCACGCUGCCUAUACAUCCUCUUCCCCACCGCUCGCAGACCUACCCGUGCGACGAUCUGUCUCGGAGAUUGGUCACGGGUCGGUUACGUUUGCGCCAUUGAGCCCAGACGCCUCGAUGAGCUCCCUCGACCAUCUCCCACCCUUUAACCUCGAUUCUCCGGACCCUAGUCAAGAGUUUUUCCCUCGCAACUCUGUCGCGUUUGCAGACGAGAAUGCGGCAAUGGAUCCAGAAGAUCAGGAAAACAUUCCCAUCCAACCGAGGAAACGUUUUAAUGGUCUCAAACGUGCUCUCACCUUUGGGCGUUCCAAUGAGAAUAGAUCAACAUCUGAUAUCCCGUCGUCCUCGAGCUCGAUACCGACAGCACCGCGCCACCGUGCGUCCAAGUCUGCGGAUACGGGGGUCCCUGGACUCGUCCUCGCGACGCCUGCGGAUCGCGAGGGACCAUCUCGAUUGAGAAGGAGAUCUACACUUGCAGACGCCACGCAUUCCAGGUCUCCAUCUUCCUUCCGGCUCAAGGAACCUCCGAAAUUCACGCUCAGUCCAGACGCAUCAGCCACUUCGCUGCUCUCUACCAAUGCCACCCCAGGCACAUCCUCUUCACCGACAGUCGCUACCGACAGCAAGCCUCAGCUAAGGAGACGAUUAACAAAGAGGAAGCCGAGUCAGAGGAGUAGGAGCAAUUUACCGACGACCAUCGAGGUCGAAACGCCCAAAAGUGUCGAUGUACCGAACCCGAUGGAGGCGCUUGUCAUUCCAGGAGGUAUCCGAUAUCCAAUGCAUAUCGACAUGAAUCUCAACACCGAUUCACCAACAUCGGUUGUUCCCCAUUCCGCACCUCCUGCUCUGGGGCCAGGGCAAAACCCCCAACCGGUUUCUGUGGCGAGCGACCAACCGCCCUCGACCGUACCACCGGUUCCACCUCUACCACCAUCGCUGACUUCGAUGACAACUGUCCUGCCUUCUGCAAAACCCUUGACCCUGGUUGAUCUGGGAAUCCCGCCACCGCCUAUACCGACCAGCAAGCCAGUUCGUCCUCCGAUGCCUCAGCGACCGUCGUUGGAACGAAGAGCUUCCCGUCGAAGAUGGACGUUGGACGUGGCGUCGGAAGAUAUUGACGACGAGGUGCUCAAGGCCGAGUUGGAGCGACUCCGAAGUCUUGGAGAGCCCAGCAAAGAUCCGAGUAUGCCUGACGAGGGCUGGACGCUUGCGCGAAAGGCACUACUGAGCUCGCGAGAGAUUAUCCUGACCGAGCGCACAUAUCUCAAUCAACUCUUACGAUUCAUGGGUGACGCCGCGUUGAGCGAAGCUAAGCCACCGUCAUUGCUGAUGAAGCAUCUACCCCUACUUCUCUCGGCAUCACAGGCGUUUUGCAUGCGACUGAAUGAAGAUCCAAGUGCUUGGGGUGUCAGCGCCGCAUUUGUGACGGUCGAGACCGUCCUAGAAUCUGUAUUGGUGGACUACUGUACAGUCGUUGGUCAGAUCGUGCUCGCGUGCAAACAGGCGACAACGACUGUGACCUCGGGAACCAAGACUCCAACCGGAACCACAAGCCCCAAGAGCCCCCUAUCCAAGAGCCGGACCAGCAUAGUCAAUGCGAGUGAAUUUGGUCGGAUAUUUUCCAACAGGAGCACCGAAAAGGUGGGCGGUGAGGACAAGGAUCAGCGAAUGCCGGUCAGUGCUUGGCAGGGUGAUCCGACGAAUGGUGGUGGUGGGAAAUCGUUUCCGAGAUCUAAGAGUAUGCCGGGCAAGUCCUCCAAACGUCGUGCCAGCUUGCCGGCCAACAGUUCGUCACAUUCGUCAAUGACAAGCACUCCGGCGGCAGCGGCACAGGAUGGCGGAAACGUCGGCAUGAGCCCCAACGGCUCCAACUCGCUCAAUCUCACACCGGGCCCGAGCCCCACUGACAGUAAGAAGUCGAGCCUUGCCAAUGGACGGGCCCGUGCGACGACGGCGGCCGAUAUUGCGAUUGCUCCACCACAACGCGUUACUCGCUAUGUGAUGUUGUACAAAGAUUUGCUCAACAGCACCCCUCUGACGGCUCCCUCUCGACCGCUUGUCCAGCGUGCAUUGGACGGUGCACUUCGCAUCGCGGAACGGUGCAACAAGGCGCAAGGAGAUCUCUCCCUCAUAAUGGCCAAGCGAUAG